AUGACAGUUGGUGAAAAGCCUUUUGCAGGAAAAGUAGCAGUAAUUACGGGAGCAAGCCGAAAUAUAGGUAAAGCGAUAGCUACGGAGCUGGUUAACAAGGGAGCCAAGGUUAUCAUUGGAGAUAUCCUUGAUUCCGAAGGAGACGUGACCGUGCGUGAGCUUAAUGAUCUUGCUGGCGAUCAGGUUGCCGCUUACAUCCAUACCGAUGUUACAAAGUAUAGCAACAAUGCCGCCCUUUUUCAGUUGGCCGAAAAACAGUUUGGUGGCGUUGAUAUUGCUAUCUUUAACGCUGGAAUUGGAAGCAAUGCAAACACAAUGUUUAUGCCUCUUGAUGAUGAAAUGGAUGAGCGGAUGAUGGCAGUUAAUACGACUGCAGUAAUCAAGGGAAACAAAGUCGCUAUGCUUCAUCUUGCCAAACGAAAUGGAGGCGUUAUCAUCAACAUGGCAUCAGCCGCUGGUCUUCGAGGAACACCAGCUGUAGGCAUCUACUGUGCAUCUAAAUUCGGUGUUGUCGGAUGGGUGCGCUCAUGCGGGAUUUACAAUGCUGUUUGUAAUGUUCGGGUGAAUGCUGUAUGCCCCACUUUUGUUGAAACCGAGCUUGCAGACGCUUUGGGUAAUGCAGGCGAUCAAGACCCGUUCGCUACGUUGGUUGAAAAAUCACCAAAAGCUAAGGUGGAGACUGUUAUUGAAACUGUAUUAAAGUUUAUCCAAGAGGAGGAACGUAACGCUCAGACAUUGGUUGUUCUUCCAGACGGUGUUAUCAGUGACUAUGAUCAGCCAAAUCCUUUUCCUGAAAGCCUUUCCAAGAAUUACCCGGAGUACUUGGCGUCGGUGCAAACAUACUCCAAAGAAGCCAUUGCUUACUACAGAAAACGUCUCGCUGAAGCGCGAGAAAGAUAUGGAAUAUAA